UAUGUCAUUGGGUUUGGUGAUUAGGUUUACCUAGUAGAUUAUUUCUACUUAAUUACGAACAACUAAGUACAGUCCCAAGUGAAAGAAAUAAAUGUAUAAAUAAAAUAACGUAAUACUUUUAAAAUACACGCUUUUUUACACAUCAGUGAAAACAAAACUUAUGACUAAAAGUGCUUAACAAUGAAAUAUUUUUAUAGUUUUUCACAAUUCAGAAAUAUUUGAAACUUAAUCUAACUAAAUGUUGUUUAAGGACACUUAGCUUAAUGAUAGACUAAAUAUUUUUUUUAUCAGAUAACUUUACGCGAUUUGAGUAAAAUCUGACAUCAUUAAAAAGAAAGGUCGUUUUUAACUAAGCCUGGACUUUAAUACGUAACUUUACACACCUAUGUACUAUAAUUAAUGAUAAUAAGUAGACAGGUACUAGGUAGUUAACAUCUCAAAUAAUGAAAAGUUGGCUACAAUGUCUUCUAAUUUACAUUGUCUCUGGCGAAGCAAUCAAUAUAGAGAAAGAAGAAUUCUGUGCUACCCUGGAAUGUGAAGAAGAAGAGGCAAAGCGAGUGUGUGGCAUCAAGGAAGAAGGAGCAGGGUACAAGUUGAAGUUGUUCGACAGUUCUUGCGAAUUGUUACGGUAUGGGUGUGAAGUCUCUGAGAGCGAAGCAUACGGUUCAAUCAACAUGGAAUAUUGUGAGCACUCAUUUCCCAUCGCACAAGAUGCAGCGCCAAACGUCACAUCGACCGACAUACACGAAGACUCUGUCUCUCCCAACGACACCAUCACCAAAAAGGAGGAACUCAAUCCAAAUUGUUCAGAUUACAGCUGCCAAGAAACCCAAGACUUAAACUACACAUGUGCUCUCAGAAAAGAUGGAAACGGCUUCAGAAUAAGAUUAUUCAAAAACAUUUGUCAAUUACAAAAAUACAACUGUCAAAACAACGCUGACUUCGCAAAAACUGACGAUUACCUUUGCAAUGAUGUAGAACUAACCGAAUUCGACAACGAAAUUGACGUGCCAACAACUCCGGUAGUGCAAACUGUUCAGAAAAACCUUGUGAUCGUAGACGGAUGGUAUCUCAAUCAUAACGGCAACAUUAAUGAAACGAUAGAAAACUUUUUCGCCGCCACACACGUUUUAGAUUUGCCUGUGCGGGAAAUUCCAGGAGGUGAAGUCGGCGGCGCGCGAAGAAUGCUCCUGUCCAAAUUUGGACCUCAAAAGGUCUUCCAGCCGUGGAUCCAGGUCCCUAAGAACAGAACAGAUGACCCUCAGUACAAGCCUACCUUAUCUUCAUGCUACCACAAGUGUCCAACGAAAUGUCCAGACACAUACGCGCCGGUUUGCGGUAUGCCCGGCAACGUGGCUCGUGAGCCCUCGCUCAUGUUCCAAAACCACUGCUUCAUGGAUGUGGCCCAGUGCAAGAUGUUCUGGGAGGACAAGAGUUCAACUUCGGAGAGUUCCGCGUACAUCGAGUCAUCUUUCAUGUUCUGCCUGGGUGACGAGAUGAACGGUAUGUUCCGCUUCCUGCCGCUGGUGCGCACGCUGCAACACAUGGGCCGGCUGAAGAAGAAGGGCCGCUUUAGGUACAAGCUGAAGAACAUGCGCUUUUUCAACAAUCUGCUCGCCAAGCAGCCCAGGCUGCAGGGAUAGAGUAUUUAUUCAUUAUGUAUGAAUUUCCCUUCAUUGUAUGAAAUUAUUGUAUGAUUAUACGAUUACGGCUAAGACAGAUA